AUGAGUUCUCCUAGAGUAUUUUUUGAUGUUUAUGCUGAUAGUACAUCUCUUGGUCGUGUUGUAUUUGAAUUAUUUGAUAAUGAAUGUCCAAAAACAUGUGAAAAUUUUCGAGUAUUAUGCACAAUGGAAAAAGGUUAUGGAUAUAAAUCGUCUAUAUUACAUCGUGUUAUUCGUGGAUAUUUUUGUCAAGGAGGUGAUUUUACUUCUUAUAAUGGAACAGGUGGAAAAUCAAUAUUUGGUAAAAAAUUUGAAGAUGAAAAUUUCAAUCGAAAAUUUACUGUUCCAGGAUUAUUAGCAAUGGCUAAUCAAGGGCCAAAUACAAAUACAUCACAAUUUUUUGUUACACUUUUACCAUGUCCAUGGUUAAAUGGUAAAAAUGUUGUAUUUGGUCAAGUUGUUGAAGGAAUGGAUGUAAUUAAACAAAUUGAAACAUAUGGUAGUGAAACAGGUGUACCUACACGUCGUAUUCUUAUCCAAGAAUGUGGUCAAUUGUGA